UAAAUGCAAAAACAUUUCAACGCACUCUCAGUUCAAGUUCAAUAUUCGCGAAAUCAACUAAUCGUACGCUAAGAAAUAAUUUUCAAAUCGUGUUUACAUAGUAAAUGCCUGCCCAUUUGCAAUGUCCGCUCAACUGACGAUUUAUGUGCUAUGCCUACUAACGGUUUUAUCACAAGCUAGCGCACAAGGAACACCGAACUUUGAAAAACUAUUGGAUAUCAUAUUUGCUGGGAAUACCACGGUUAACGUAAAACCGAAUACGCCGCCAAUUUCGCCAAUAGGUACGAGUCCGCCAAUAGGUAAGACUUGUGGAUUCGGCAAAGAAUGUGUGCCGCGCAAGUUAUGCAACGAAGACGGCACUGUCAAUAGGUUUGGCACGUUUAUGCUGAAUCUGCGAAUCGAUGGUCCUUGUGCCUAUUUGGAAACUUGCUGUGAUGUUAGCGAAAAGUUACCGGAGCCGAAACCCGUAAACGUAACGUCAAGUGGCUGUGGCUAUCGGAAUUUCAAUGGUGUGUCAUUCAAAAUAUCUGGCGCACAAAACAGUGAAGCUGAAUUUGCAGAAUUCCCUUGGAUGGUAGCCAUUUACACCGUUGAUGGUGUAAAAACGAUCUACAAAUGUGGCGGCUCGAUAAUUGCACCGAAUGUGGUUCUGACGGCUGCACAUUGUGUAUGGGACGCACAGCCGGGUCUGCUGGUGGCACGUGCUGGCGAAUGGGAUUUGGAAACAACACAAGAACCGUUGCUGCAUCAAGACGCACAUGUGUCAGAAAUUAUACGCCAUGAAAAAUUCAAUAGCAACACCAUCUUUAAUGACAUCGCAAUUUUGAUAUUGACCACGCCAUACACUUGGUCGCCGAACGUACAGCCGAUAUGUUUGCCUGAUGAGGGUGUGUCCUUUGACGGUUAUCGUUGUUAUGCCGCCGGUUGGGGUAAGGAUAAGUUUGGUAAAGAAGGUGCUUAUCAACAUAUUUUAAAGAAGAUCGACUUACCUGUGGUGCCGCAUGCCAAGUGCCAGGAGAAUUUACGUGCAACACGUCUAAGUCGUUACUUUCAAUUGGAUAAGAGCUUCAUGUGCGCGGGUGGUGAGGCCGACAAAGAUACCUGUAAAGGUGAUGGUGGCUCACCGCUCAUGUGUCCCGAUCUGAAUAAUCCUGGACGUUACCUGCAAGCUGGUGUUGUAUCUUGGGGUAUUGAGUGUGGUGUGGAGAAUAUACCUGGUGUCUACGCCGACGUGCCAUCCUUACGCAAAUGGAUUGACGAGAAACUGACUGCGAAGGGUAUCGAUACAAAAUAUUAUACUACUUGAAAUUAAGCAAAAUCUAAAUUAAUUAAAAAAAAAAUAAUUU